UUCUCGCUCUCCCCUCCCACUCCCUGCUCCUCUGAGCUCGAGAGCCUCUUCCCCCUCUCUGCCGUUACGAGUUCUCCUCCCGAAACCUGUGCGAGGCGGCCGCUGAAGCGCGAGGCGAUUCCCCCCUCUCCCCUACAAUCAGUCAACAUGGCUACAGUUGUAACCUCGACGAGAUUUACAGACGAAUAUCAGCUGUACGAGGAACUCGGAAAGGGUGCGUUCUCAAUCGUUCGCAGAUGUGUCAAGAAGUCUACUGGCCAGGAGUAUGCUGCAAAAAUUAUCAACACAAAAAAGCUCUCAGCCAGAGAUCACCAGAAACUGGAGAGGGAGGCAAGAAUCUGUCGUCUGCUGAAACAUUCAAACAUAGUACGACUCCAUGACAGCAUCUCCGAGGAAGGCUUCCAUUACCUUGUCUUUGACCUCGUCACUGGAGGAGAGCUGUUUGAGGACAUUGUUGCUAGAGAGUAUUACAGCGAGGCGGAUGCCAGCCACUGUAUCAAUCAGAUCCUGGAGAGUGUCAGUCACAUCCACCAGCAUGACAUUGUCCACAGGGACCUCAAGCCAGAGAACCUGCUCCUGGCCAGUAAGAUGAAGGGAGCAGCUGUGAAACUUGCAGAUUUUGGUCUAGCUAUCGAGGUGCAGGGGGACCAACAAGCAUGGUUUGGUUUUGCAGGAACUCCAGGAUAUCUGUCCCCAGAGGUGCUGAGAAAGGACCCGUACGGCAAGCCAGUGGACAUAUGGGCAUGUGGUGUGAUCCUGUACAUCUUGUUGGUGGGCUACCCUCCCUUCUGGGAUGAGGACCAGCACAAACUGUACCAACAAAUCAAGGCCGGUGCAUAUGACUUUCCUUCUCCAGAGUGGGACACAGUGACCCCCGAGGCCAAGAAUCUGAUCAAUCAGAUGCUAACGAUUAACCCUGCCAAACGGAUCACAGCCGACCAGGCCAUCAAGCAUCCCUGGGUCUGCCAACGAUCCACUGUGGCCUCCAUGAUGCACCGUCAAGAGACUGUGGAGUGUCUGCGCAAGUUCAACGCCAGGAGGAAACUUAAAGGAGCCAUCCUCACAACGAUGCUGGUGUCCAGGAACUUUUCAGUGGGACGGCAGCAUACCAGCCCUGCCGCUACCACCAGCACGGCCUCAAUGGCACAGGAAGCAUGCAAAACCUUACUAAACAAAAAGUCUGAUGGUGUGAAGAAAAGGAAGUCCAGCUCGAGUGUUUGUUUGAUGUCGCAGGGAACCAACAGUAAAAACAGUGUAGUAAGCAGCAGCAGCACCAAAGACAGCAGCAUGUCAUCUUCAGCACCAAUGGAAGCCCAGACAACUGUUGUACACAACCCAGCUAAUGGCACCAAGGGCUCCACAGAGAGCUGUAAUAAUGCAGAAGAGGAGGAGAUGAAAGGUAGGAAAGUGGCUGCCCCUGAGUCUGAGUCUACUGGUACAGACAGUGGCGUGUUAAGCCAGUGCAGCCCUACAGAGCAACAGACCCUGUCUCCUCACUGUGCACCACCCACGUCUGGUGCCCUGCAGGAGGCUACUUGCAGCCCCAGUGUCCCUCAGACCAGUCCAGCUCAGAGCUCCUGUCCUGAACCAGAGUCCGCUCUGUCGCCCCACGCAGGCAUCAGCCGCAACCUGCAGCAGACUCGUAAACAGGAGAUAAUAAAGAUGACAGAGCAGUUGAUUGAAGCUAUCAACAAUGGGGAUUUUGAGGCUUACACGAGAAUCUGUGACCCUGGACUGACUUCUUUUGAGCCAGAGGCCCUUGGAAACCUGGUGGAGGGCAUGGACUUCCACAAGUUCUACUUUGAGAACCUUCUGAGUAAAAACAGCAAGCCAGUGCACACCACCAUCCUCAACCCCCACGUACAUCUGAUCGGUGAUGAUGCUGCCUGCAUUGCCUACAUCCGCCUGACGCAGUACAUGGACAGCCAGGGCCGGCCACGCUCCUGCCAGUCAGAGGAGACGCGUGUGUGGCAUCGCCGCGAGGCCAAAUGGCUCAACGUGCACUUCCACUGCUCAGGAGCACCGGCUGCACCCCUGCAGUGAAUUGCCAACCCAGGCCCAGGAAAGCUUUGCCUGAACUCUAAAGCUGUUUGGAGCAUUAUUCUCCGUGGUCGGACCGGUGCCUGAAUCCUGGCCAGGAAGAGGCUGCUUGGAAAGUUGUAAAAACUGAAAAGUGGGGAAAAUACAUAAAUAAAAAAGCAAAAAGUAAAAAAAACAAAAACAACAAUACAUAUUUCAAAGGUUGACUGAAUGACCGACCAACACCAAUCCAGUCCGUCUCUAGCUAGGUGACGAUGGCGCUCGGCUGAUGUCAGCCCCUUCUUGCAGAUGGUGCAUGUUUCUGGUGGCGACACAGGGGGGAUGCUGUCCUGGUCAUUGUCUCCCAUAGCCUUUAUUUUCCCCAUCUUUGUUGGGUCUGCUGGAUAAGUAUUAAACCUGUUAAAAAAAAAAAAUUAUAUAUGUAGUAUAUAAUAGAAAUCAAAUACACUUCACAUACAUAGUGAACACAGAAUUGGGGGCAACAAGUAUAUGAUCUAAAAAAGAUUUGAUUUUUUUUUUUUUUUUUUUGUCUUGAGAGAGCAGCAGAAUAUCUACUUUAAUAAAAGUAUUGUUUUACAGUUCACAGCUGUGGGUUGGAUUUAUGGGAACAGGAGCAAAACAUAUCUUACUGUAAUAUCAGGAUUUAACAUCCAAGUUUAAUUUUCAUGUUUAAACAUCUGUACACUGUUUUCUAGAAAUCAUUAGUUACUGAAGGGACCUUUUGUUUUUUUUCUAUUGUGUCAAGCGGUUUUUACCUGAAUGAUGUGUUUAAGUAUUGUUUUGAAGAAGUCAUUUUUAAUCAAAAGGGGUAUUUUAUUUAACACAAUUGUGUAUAAUAGAUAUUUAUAUAGGAGUAGAGGGAAACAUUUACUUUUAGGGUGUAGGGAGGGGAGUUAAGCAUGAAUGGGUAUUUUGAUUGUGUUUUGAGGUCCCGGGGUGUAUAUAAGAACUACUCACACACCAUGCAUGCAUGCAUGCAUGCACGCACACACAUACUCAAGGUCUCUGUGCUCCAGCCAUUAGGUUUGAACCUCUCUUGAGCUUUAGACAACAAUUGUCCAGGCCAGCUCAUCCUGAAGUUGCAGAGGGCCUCCAUCUGUCGGCCCUGCAGUGUUUGGAGACGAACAAUGGGUCAAAGUCUGAAGCUCCUCACAUCUCUGAACUACCUAAUCUGAAAGCACGGAUACACUCUCACGCCAACUUUUUACCUUUUUAUCUGUUCUUGUGUAUUUUUGAAGUGAAGUGACUUAUUUCAAAUAUCUAAUGGCCUCUACUGUUUUUGCAGACAUUUGCGACUCAAUGCUGUUGUGCUUGUUCUUCGAAGGGAGUGAAUCUUUCUGCAACUUCAGGUUAUGCUCGCCAAAAAUCUUUCCCGUCCACCCUACCUCUGCCCCUCUUACUUCAAUCAUUCCUGCGUCUUACUGUAUACUUUCCACAUCCUUCAAUUACCAGCUCCAUUACUGUACUGUACUGUAGCACCACGUUGUGUGAUGAUGAUGUCACCCAUAUCCCUGUCUCUUGUUCUGAUAGUGUUCUUAAAAUGUGUGUGUUGUCUGUCUUGGCUUGCUGUACAUGUGUGUGUGAAAGCAUGUUAAAGGGAAUGCAGCCAAGGAAUAGGACAAAAAAAUAAAUAAAGAAUGGGAAAAGGGCUAUGCUGGCUGGAGGGCUGUGGGACCUUCGCUGAUGGCCAUCAAUGGCUUUGGUCCUUUUUCACAGUUUCUGUAGUACAUGUUGUAGUUGUUAGUGUUUUGAUGUUUUUAUCAGCUGUUUUAGCCAGAACUAUAACAAAAAAAUAAUUAGGGGUUGGAAUUAAUUGAGGCGGAGACUGCCACAACCCUUUUACUGCCCGUUUCCCCCCCCACACACACACACAGAGAAAAUAUUAAGACAAAACACUUAAUACACACCUGUGCUACAUUAGAACUCACAACAUCAAAGGAACAUGAGAUCAUUUUUUUUUCCUCUCCAAUAAAAGACGAUGUAUCUCCUUGUCAUUGGUUAAACUUUGCAGCACUUUUUUUCCCAGUGGGCCAAUCCUAAAGUCCGGACUCAAAGACUUUGGUGCACGUUCACACUAAAUUCAUGUCUUUAAAAUGUAAAGGGUGUGAGGGUUUAGGUACACACUUAUCAAACACCUUUCUGUGAGUCUGCAUCAAUGCUGACUUCACCAAAGGGAAUUACCCACAGUUCAAAGCGUCGUGAUGUUUACCGCGGAGACGAUAGGGAACAAAGGUAAACGGCACGACACACGAACAGAACUGUUUAACUUGUAAAACAAGCCAUCCGUCUCCCGUGCCAUCGCUGUGUGGAAAGCAAAACACUUAAAAUGAAAAUGCCCAAACCCGGCAAGUGUCAGCAACAUCUUUGUUCUUAAACGUUGCCAUGGUAACCUGUGAUCUCUGGAAGUUCUGUCCUACACUUAUCUGAGCUCUUGUGGCCUCACGCACAUACUCACUUAGCACCUGAGAUCAAUUAAGUCUGAGUUUCAGGUCCUUCGUCCUCACUUUGGGAUUGGGCCCCUGAGUGUGUGACCUUUCACCAGCGGGGGUUGUCCUGUCUCUAUGCUGCGCUUCUCCAUAGUAACUCAUGCUCUACUUAGACUGUUGCUGGUUGUCACAAUGAUUCUUCAAUUCAUAAUCGUCACUGUGUCUGAACGCUCACGGACAGUCAAGUAAAUUUAAAAAGAAAAGUUAAUCAUAUGCAAGACCCAUCCUAAUGUAUCAACCGGCAGUCGUUUUUAUCUGACAUGCCAUGAAAACUGUGUCCCACACACACACACACACACAUACACUUUUUGCGCCAUGACGACAAUGUGUGCUGAAAACAUUACUGAAACUAUGUUUUUCUGGCUGCAAGUAGAUCUGUUUGUGCUGUAGGCACGGCCCAGUUGUUUGUUGACGCCACCAGUCUGACAAGAUGCUUUCUUUACUUCUUUUUUUUUUAAAGGGGGAACUGAUCUUAGGGAAUAACCAGCUGCAUAGUCAAGUUUGCCAAAGUAUUUGGACAGCUGGAUCAAGUUAAAUUUGGAUCGGUCGAUGUGAAGACAAAAAAAAUAGAUCUUCACAUCGAACAUUUUGACAUGUAGCAGAAGAAGCCCACAUGUAAACAAUGACCUUAAAAAGGCUGCUAGUUCCAGGGCAUUGCUCCCUAGUUUGGCAUUCUGGGAAAGUUAAUGGAACAGAGCCAUCAAUAUAAGUUUCAACUGUGCUUUUCUUGCCAUGACACUAGAUUCAGAAUUCACAUUUUACUUCAAGAAUAAGUGAUCCCGCUUAUACUUUGACCUUUUUUUUAGGUAGAUGCAUAACAGUGAUUCCCAACCUUUUUGGUCCAUAACCCCUUAAAAUCCGGCAGCAUCUACUCGCAGCUGCUCCUCACACGCAGUUAUUGAUGAAGAGGUAAAGUUAUCACACAUUUCACAAUGAAAAAAAAAGCAGGAUUAUUGUCCUCUCCUGAUAAAAAUGUACCCUGUGGAGUUGUUGACCAAUAGCAGAACCAUAGAGCAGUGUUUUUCAAUGUGGUGCAAUACACAUUCCCGCCAAUUUUCAAAUUGCAGUGAUCUACAGAUCAUAACACGACCAAGAAGUGCAGCACUGUGGAAGUAAAGAGUUUACUUGCUAGCAAAUAGGAAAUCAUUCAAGACAUUUGUGAGACCGUAUGGACACAAACUUUUUGGUCAGUAACACUGAAUGUAAAACACAAACUUUGUUUACAAGAAGACUCCACAGGGCAUCUUUAAUAACCUCUGAUUUAUCUUGUGACCUCUUCAGAAGGGUCCUGACCCCAGGUUGGGAACCACAGUUUUAUUUUUUUUCAAUGUCUCCUAAUUGUGAAUGUUAAUUAUUGCAAAAUAGUUUCUAGAUUUAUUGCAUUGAAAUACUUUACAUUUGCAUGUAUUUUCUUGGAUUAUGUGACUGACAAAAUGUAACAUGAAAGGCUAAAGGGUUUGAAUUUUUUCAUCUCAAACUUGGUUUAAUUCCACCAGUCCAAUUUUAGCCGCUUGAUUUUCUUUAAUUUUUACUUUUUGAUAUUAAAAAAUAUAUAUAUACAUUGCACCACUUUAAAAUUACCCUCUGGAAAUUUCUAAUUCAAACAAAUACAUUUGCAUAGAUGGAUUCAAUAGUUCAAUGUUAUGAAAACAGUGCUAUUUACAUUUAAUUAUUAAAUAUUCAGAAAUAAUAUAUCAGGUGUUCAUUUGCUUAUAUAAUUGAAAUAGCCCAUCUUUGCUUCCGUAGAGUGACCUCCCUGCUUCAGCUGAAGUGGCAUAGAGAUCCAUUGUAAACAUGACAGGGUAUUGACUUUUGAGUCUCACUGAUGUAAAUAGGAUGCGUGACCAAAUAUAAAACUACCUUAAGACAGAAAACAUUGGGCUGAUCGCUGCUACAACCUACAAAACAAAUAUAACUCAAACUAUUUACAGUAAGUUGCUGUGCUUCAUAUAAACUUGUGUAAAUUCCAUAGGUGAAUUACUCUAGCAAAUGUCUUAUAUAUGUUAGAAUAAAAAUGGACUGAACUGGGGGGGGUGAAGAUCCUUCAAAUGGCUAAUAAAAAAACCACAACCUUAAAAAGCAACACUAUAUAUGCAGUUCAACAAAUGGAAGAAAUAUGCAUGUCUACUUUCUGGUAAUUUUUCACUGUUUAUUUGAUAAAGAAAUUGAAAUCUGUUACUUGCAUCCUUGAGGUUAUGAAAUGUCUCCGUCUGAGAUAUUGGAAUCAAGUCUCACAAUGAAAUGCAUAAAUGAUGAGCAAAAAGCUCUAGCUUGUAUGGAAUUAAAUUUCUUGCGAUGUAACCUUGUAUUAGAGGGGGCUACAUGUGUCUAUACUCUGAGUUUCAAUUGGAUGCUGGAUUUUUUUGCAUGACCAUACAGUUAAUAAACAUACAUUAAAAACUA